CACCAUGGCAUCCCAAUUCAAAGACGAGAAGAACAUUCCUGUGUCCAAGCAGGACUUCCCGGGCAAGGACCGGGAUAUGCCUGAUCCAAAGCCGACUCGCGACGAGCUACCCGAGGCAGGCGGAACUAGCACGACGUACAAAGCAGCAAAUAAGCUCCAGGGGAAAAGGGCGCUCAUCACCGGCGGCGAUAGCGGCAUCGGAGCAGCUACUGCAGUGCUGUUUGCCAAGGAGGGCGCUGUAACGACCAUUGCAUAUCUCCCGGAAGAAGAGCAGGAUGCACAAGACACCAAGAAGCAGGUCGAGGCGGCUGGGGGAAAAUGCUAUCUCUUCGCUGCGGAUCUUGUCAAGAAAGAGAACUGCCAGGCCGCAGUGGACUUUGCUCUGGAAAAGAUGGGCGGCAUCGAUAUUCUCUUCAACAAUGCGGCCUACCAAAUGAUGGUUGAGGAUAUUCUCGACCUGCCAGACGAGCAAUGGGUUCACACUUUCAACGUCAACAUUCACUCGUACUUUUACAUGUCAAAGUACUCCCUCAAGCACAUGAAACGCGGUGCUGUUAUCAUCAACAAUGCCUCUAUCAACGCAUACAUUGGCCGGCCCGAUUUGCUGGAUUAUACCUCUACCAAAGGAGCCAUUGUAUCCUUCACACGCGGUCUGAGUAAUCAGUAUAUCUCAAAGGGAAUCAGAGUCAAUGCCGUUGCCCCGGGUCCUGUUUGGACUCCUUUGAUUCCCGCGACGAUGAAUGAGAAGGCGCAAAAGGAAUUCACCAGUCCUAUGGGCCGACCAGCGCAACCAUCCGAAAUCGCAAGCUGUGUCGUGUUCCUUGCUUCAAUGGACAGCUCUUGUGUUAGCGGACAGACACUGCACUGCAACGGUGGUACUGUGGUAAAUGGUUGAA